AUGAGCCCGUACAAUAAAGCAGAUCAUCACGAUGAGUACCAAUACGAAGCUAGGAAGGGAAUUCAGUCAACGCGCCCAACGAAAAAGACAAAGAUUCCGAAGAACAGGCCCGAGCCGACCUUGAGCGAGAUGUUCGGUCAGCUAGCUGCGGUCAACAAGAAGCUUGAAGAUUGGAUCGAAUCGACCAAAGCAUCGAGCACUCAAGCGGGCGAUGCGAAUCUCAGUACCAUGACGAUGUAUAAGCGCUGCCUAGCCGCCUAUGGGAAGGUGUGGAGCAAUAUCGACGACCUGGAUAAGCCGAUAAAUAGCGAACCGGCACUCGAAGCUACUGGACGCCUGUGUAUGGAUCUAAUCACAUGGGCGAAACUAGCCGGAGUGUAUUUAGAAGGGAAACAUUCUCUCGACUACACAAUCCGCGCAAGUCCCAAAUUGAGAAACCAGGUCUUAAAGCAUACCUUAAAGCCACUCAUUAACAUCGAAGCUGCGCUCAAAAUGAUGACCGAGAUCGCGCAAGAAAAGGCCGCCCCACGAGAACAGCCGGUAUCAGGAUCAGCCCAUGUCCCUACAACAGAAGACGGUCCUUUAAGCUACCAAAAUUCACAGAUAAUAAGGUUCGAACAAGCUCUCGGCUAUGUUACCUACAACCAGGGUCUUCUUGUGUUUUAG